UAUAAAAUCAAGCACCUAGGCAUGCAGACUGCUUUUACAAACAUUGGUGAAAGAAUGGGUCGCUCUCAGGAGCUCAGUGAAUUCAAGCGUGGUACCGAGAUAGGUUCUCACCUGUGCAAUAAGUCAAUCCCUGAAAUUUCCUUGCUACUAAAUAUUCCACACUCAACUGUUAGUGAUAUUAUAACAAAGUGGAAGCAACUGGGAACAACAGCAACACAGCCAUGAAGUGGUAGACCACGUAAAAUGACAGAGCGGGGUCAGCACAUGCUGAAGUCCGCAGAAGUCGCCAACUGUCUGCAGAGUCAAUAGUUCCACUGAAGGGAACUCUUGAGGAGUCAGCUUACCAGACAUUUUGGACAAUUUCAUG